UAUACGGAACCGCGGGGGGCCGUGGGGAGCAGCGGAAGCCGCGUCUUGCCGAUUUGCGGAGCGUAGCUCAUCUCCCCAGUCCACUCCCAAGGCUCUCAGCCAGCAGUGUGGGAAAAUGGCAGUGAGCCACUCGAUGAAGGAACGGACAAUCUCCGAGAACAGCCUGAUCAUCCUGCUGCAGGGCCUCCAGGGCCAGGUAACCACUGUGGACCUGCGGGAUGAGAGCGUGGCCCGUGGACGCGUAGAAAACGUUGAUGCUUUCAUGAACAUCCGCCUAGCCAACGUCACCUACACGGACCGCUGGGGGCGUCAGGCUGAGCUGGAUGACCUCUUUGUAACAGGCCGUAACGUCCGCUAUGUCCACAUCCCAGAUGACGUGAACAUCACCGAGACCAUUGAGCGGCAGCUGCAGAUCAUCCAUCGUGUGCGCAACUUUGGCAGCCUGGGGCAGGGCCGGCGGGAAUUUCCCACCAAGAAGCAUAAAUGAGCCUGUCCCUUCGGCAAGCCCUAGUCACCACUCAGGUUCCUCCAGAGUUCUACUGAGCCAACUGCCUGCCAUCCAUCCCUGCCCAGAACCUGGGAAGGGAGUUGGGCCAGCCCAGAAACUGGUAUCUGGCAGACAACACCUAUCACAGCUGCCUUUCACAGGGUUACACCUCCCAGACUCACCCUGGGAUCCACAAUCCUAUUUAUCUGUGGCCUUGGGGUAGAUGACAAUACCCCCUUUUGACCAUUUGCAUCUGAGUCGAUGAUUUACUGAUUCAGGGAAUCUGACCAAUUGUUUUCAACCCUCUCCCAGUGAGGAUUAUUAAAUGUGCUCAACCUCAGCCACCCUAAGUGUCCCCAUUUUUCUUGCAAUUGUGUCUUUUUUCUUAUAAAAUUAAACUUAGAC